AUGUCUGCUACCGUGGGCCUCCGCCGUUACGUCACGUCUAUUUUAAAUGUUAGUCGGUUACGGCAAGAAGCUAUACGAGGUUAUGCGCUACGGCGGAGCGGUGCCUGCUUGAGCGGGCAGCUGAGGAUAUUCACCGAUCAUGUAAACGCUGAUGCAGCUGUUUUAGUGUACUUCCACACCAAUCGGUGUAAGCCGUGCAUAUCCAUCACGCGGGCGUUAGAAGAAAUGGAAACGGAGAAGGAACAGGGCGUCGUUUCCUCUUCCAUUCCCCAAUGUAGCUCAUCACACGCUUGUUCACAAGAGGAUACGUUAGGACUAACGCAAAGGUUGCUGAGAUUGUUGGGGAUUACAUUUGCGGAUGUCGCGGUUUCUCCUGAGGCACUCGGUGUGCUGCGGGAGGGCGUCACUCGUGGCGUACGCAUUAUUUCAGUAGACACGGAUGAGAAUCCGGUAAUUAGUGCGUUACACGAUAUACGCAGCGUUCCCACAUUUGUGGCAUAUCGCUGUGGUCGCAUUAUUGGUCACUUGGAAGGGGCGAGCGAGCAGAAGCUGCAGGAACUCGUAAGUAAGUUGUUAGUAGAAGAGGGUGGGGCGACAAAUUGA